GGAAAUCGGGGGUGGGGUGGAGAGGGGAUGGGUUCCGAACAACGGAACUCACUGCUGUUAAAGAACGUGGUAGAGAGCACGAAUUGUUGCUAGCGUUGACUUGAAGAUAGGUGCUUGACGCACAAGCAUCUGUAACAAUUAAACGUAAGCAAGUGACCGAUUUUAAUCGUCGCAGCCCGCAGUGCUGUGACACGUUAUUUUUCCUCGUAACACAAAAUGACCGUCCGAUGUGUUGUUCCCCGUUUUUCACAAGCGUAAAUUGAGGCACGUUUAGCCAAACAUCAUCGCAAUAUAAUGGAUAGCGUGACAGGAAUAAUAUAUGCAAUGUAUCGAGGAUUUGUGGACAGUUUAAAGGGUGCUAUUGUUCUCUUUUAUAUAGAUAAGCAAAUUAAUGAAAAAUUAGUCAGAAAAUCUCCUACCAGAGCAGACCUCAGAAGAAGAGAUCUCGUUACGCAAAGUCCCUCCAAGAGUAAACAAAGAGAAUCUACAGUGCUGAAAAGAACUUUGCAAUGUUGUGCACUGAAUGGUGCAGUGUUGGGGGUUAGUAUAUACAUAUUUGAUUCUGGACUCUUGCCACUUGUGAAGUACUUAUUGACUAUUAUAUUCGGCCACUCUCCUGGUAUGGGUCUUAUUGUUUGGUCAUGGAUCCAACCAUUUUUAUCUCUUAUAUUUAGCACAAUAUGGGUACUACCAUUAUUUUUGCUCAGCAAAAUAGUUAACAGCUUAUGGUUUCAGGACAUAGCGGAUAGUGCUUAUAGAUACAGACAAGGAAGGCCAUUGCUUUUGUCAAGCGUCAGCAAAUUGAUAGCUGAUACACUUUUCAGUAUAUUUGUUCAAAUGUUAUUCCUGGGACAAGGAAUGUUGGUGUCCAAAGUACCACUAAGACCAUUAGGAGAAAUUCUUGCCCUUGUUCAUUUGUGCCUUUUAUAUGCUCUCUAUGCCUUUGAAUACAAAUGGUUCAAUAUGGGCUGGGAGUUGCAUAGACGAUUAACUUUUAUUGAGGGCAAUUGGCCCUACUUUUUAGGCUUUGGUAUGCCAUUAGCGCUACUUACCAAAAUGCCCAAUUCUUAUAUUAUAAGUGGCUGUGUUUUUUCCAUUUUGUUUCCACUGUUCAUUGUAAGUGGAAACGAAGCGGAACCCGUAACUGGGGUAUGCGAUUGCCAGCUGAAAUUAUUUUCACCAGUAAUCGCAAUCGCGAACACAUUAUUUAAUAAAACCAUCGGACGAGCUAAUAUACGGUGACAGUGAAGACAUAUGAAAAAAUGAAUAUUCAUGCCUAAUUUAUGCCAUUUGCAUGUCAAAUUUAAAAAUUACAAAAAUUUGUUACAGAAAAAUUCAUGCAAAAGUAAUAA